AUGGACCUUUCAUGGCUGCCGGACUCUAACGUCCGGUACCGGGACCGGUGCUUCUGGGACUCGCGGUACCGGAAGGUGGGGGCUGCUCCGGCUGAGUGGUUUGGGGGCUUAUCCUGCUUCCGCGAGCAGCUGGAGGCGGAGCUGCGCCCGGGGGACCGGAUCCUGGUGCUGGGCUGUGGAAACAGCGCCCUGAGCUCCGACCUGUUCCAGCUUGGCUACACAGAUGUCACCAGCAUUGACUACUCUCCAGUGUGCAUCGCAGGCAUGCGAGCCCGCUACGCCCAGUGCCAGGGCCUGCAGUGGGUGGUGAUGGACGCUCGGGACUUGGCCUUCGCAGACGGCACCUUCGACGUGGUUCUGGAGAAGGGCACGCUGGAUUCCAUGAUGGUGGCGGAGACGGACCCCUGGAACGUGUCGCCCGAGACCACAGCGCUGCUGGACCAGGUGCUGAAGGAGGUCAGCAGAGUCUUGCAGCCGGGAGGCCGUUUCAUCUCCAUCACCUUCGCCCAGCCGCACUUCCGCAAGCGCCACUACGCCCAGCCCGCCUACGGCUGGUCCCUGCGCCACUCCACCUACGGCACUGACUUCCACUACUUCCUCUACGUCAUGUGCAAGGGCCAGGAGCUGUCCCCUGCCGACCUGGCGCUGGGGCGGAGACUCCACGAGCUGCCCUGCCCCGCCUGCCCGCCCAGCUUCCUCCAGGCCUCGGACAGCGAGGAUUAUCUCCGUGCUAUUGAGCUGUGAGCGGGAAGGGCCUGCCACCCUUGUAGCAGCAAGGAGUUCUCCAGCCGACAUGGGGACCUAAGCCAACCAGUGCCAGCUGCAGCUGCCAGUCCCAGAUUCAUGGGGCUGGGUGACAGCGGGCUCCUCUAAUCCAGUGCCUUGCCUGUGGCUGGCAACAGGAGCCCAGCCCGUCCUGCCCGGCACCUGGGCGCUGUGAGACCAAAGGGAACAGUGCUUUGCAGCCAGUUCAAUAAAGUCGGUUUCUCUCUAGUCCCCCAGCCCAGCCCCUCAUCCUGGUGCUGUCAAUUUC